AUGAUCCGGCGGGCAUUGCUGCAGCAGCAUGCCGAACUUCCCAUUACAGCAAGGCGGGAAGUUCGCCGGGCGCUAGGCACUACAGUUACAUCUGCUGGAGACGAAAAGAGGGGUGCGGCCGGGAGUUCCGGGGAGGCCGGGGAAGACGAUGGAGAGGUGCGGUGGAGAUACCACCGGGGGGUCCCUGACCGUCGCCAGGAGCUGCCGACGUACGUGCGGGAUCUGGGGAAGCCUGUGCUGUUGGACCCGCUCGUGAACAAGGGCACGGCGUUCUUGUGGUCGGAGCGGGAGCGUUUCCAUCUCAGGGGACUCCUGCCCGCCCGCAUGGUCACCAUGGAAGAGCAGACUGCCAAGGUUCUCGAGGAGUACCGGGAAGGGUCGUGGGACAAGGCGGCGCGGGACCCCAACGACGAGAUGGUGCAGGCCGGCCUUACGCCGGACAACAUCCGGAAAUGGGAGUACCUCAAGGGCAUCCAGGGGCAAAACGAAACGUUGUUCUACCGUGUGGUCAUGGACAACUUCGCGGAGAUGGCCUCGGUGGUGUACACCCCAACGGUAGGGUGGGCCUGCCUGAACUUCUCACGCAUGUUCCGUAUCGCGAGGGGUAUGUACUUCUCGGCCAAGGACCGCGGGCACAUGGUUUCCAUCGCCUACAACUGGCCCAGCCACGAGGUGGACGCCAUCGUCGUCACGGACGGUUCGAGGAUACUCGGGCUCGGAGACCUGGGUAUGAACGGCAUGGGCAUCUCCAUCGGAAAGCUAGACCUCUACGUGGCGGCCGCGGGCUUCCACCCGGCCCGCGUGCUCCCCUGCGUCAUCGACGUCGGGACCAACAACAAGAAGCUACGGGCGGACAAGAGCUACCUCGGUCUGAACCAGGAGAGGCUAGAGGGAGACGAGUACCUCCAGGUGGUGGACGAGUUCGUUGCCGCGGUCAAGGCCAGGUGGCCCAAGGCCUUGAUUCAGUUUGAAGACUUCCGCACGGAGUAUGCCAGCAAGCUCCUCGAGCGCUACCGCUACAAGCACCUCUGCUUCAACGACGACAUACAGGGAACCGCUGCCACCGCCCUCGCCGGAAUCUACGCGGGACUGGCGGCCACCGGUCGGUUCGUGGUGUGCGGGGCCGGCAGCGCCGGGAUGGGCGUGGUGCAGUGGCUGUGCAAGGCGAUGGAGAAGCACGGGGCCCCUCCCGACGAGGCGGCAGGAAACUUCUGGAUCCUGGAUGCUGACGGUUUGAUCACAGAGGCGAGGUCUUCGACAGUCGAGAAUGCAACUCGCCGAUUCGCUAGGCCAACGGGAGGGGGGGAGCUAAAAGACGGCUCAAACGUUGAACAGGCAAGUUCAUACGUAGAGAUUACGUAG